UCGAGAUUCAGCAAACUUGGAAUCCGCAUCAUCAUGUCUCUCAGCCGGUCGAGCACUAGCGGUAUCACUACACCGGCGUCUGGCGGAUACACCGCCUAUGCUUUUACCCAUACCUUGAACGCAAAGAGCAGGUACAACAACACUCCUGAUCUGAACUCAAGAGCCGCCUCUAUGGCCUCUGUAACAGGGAACCCAGGUGAGACAUGGGGUAGUGGUUUAUGGGCACCUCCUGGAAGCGCGUGGGAUUUUUCGAGGGCUUCGGAAAUGCAGUCUCGGCAACGCGUUCUGGAUGCGAUCAGGGAUGAGAGGAGAAGAGAGGCGGCUGGGUAUGCUUCAUCAAAGCCCUCUGAAGAGAAGUGAAGAAUGAUCAGCGAUGUCAUGAGCAUGAAGCAGUGUUCCAGCAUAAGCAGACAGUUUGUCAUACGAGGAAGGCGCAUCUCAGCAGAUAGAAGCCAGGGGGAAAGUUCGAUAGAGCUGCUAUAUGCUAGAAUGUUGCUGCGAUGGCCUGGGCGAUUACAUACUUUGAUGCAAC